GUCACGCGCCCCCAUGGCUCCCCAUGCCCCCCCACGCGCGCGCUUUCGCUCUCACCUCUCCGUCUCCUCGCCUCGCCUCGCUCGCCAAAGGGAAGGAAAGCUACCGCACCUCGGCCUCCGCUCAUCCUUCUCCCCCGCGUCCCUUUCCGCGCCGACGCGGCGGCUGCCAUGUGGGAGCACUUCCCGCCCCGGGCCUCCGCCGGGAGCCGCGGCCCCGCGCCGCCCUACCACCACCACCACCACCAGCAGCAGCAGCAGCAGCAUGUCGCGCCGCCCGACUACCAGCAGCAGCACGUCGCGCCGCCCGACUGCCAGCAGCAGCAUGCCGCGCCGCACGGCGACCCCGACCCGCUCGCCUCCGCCUGGAUCCGCCGCCUCCACCUCGCCCCGAGCCCGCCGCCGCCGCGCGCCAGCCUCGCGCCCCCGCCGUCCCACGACCACGACGCCGUCUCCGCCCGCAGCGCCGGGUUCGGCCCCUUCCGCUGGAGCCCGCGCCCGCCGGUCGGCGCCCCUGCCCCAUGUGGCGGUGGGGGCGCCCCGCCGAUGAUGUCGCCGUUCUUCCGCUCCCCGCCUCAGCCGCUCCCGGCGCUCGCGGGUGUCGGGGAGUUCCCGCCCGUCAGGCCCACCAUCGGGUUCGGCAGCGGGUUCCCCGUGUCGCCGUCGCCGACGGUGCUUGGUGUCAACCCUCACGCAUCUUGGUUACCGACGGCAGCUGCAGGUUCAGCUUAUCCUAACCAUGAUGUGGACAUGGUUCCCAUAAGAACUUCUCAUGAUCUCCAUGUUAGACAACACAGCAUGAUCCCACAAAAUUUUGCAAGGCGCACCCCUAGUUCCAGCAGCGAACACGACAAGCCUUUCUCCUAUUGGAACAUGGGGAGGUUCCAGAGAAGCACCACGACUUCGUCGAUCUCUCAGGUUGCUGUUGAGCCUGGUAAUUUUGUGAAGAAGAGGAACGCUGACUCAAACAGUGUGCUCCCUCUCAAGUUCAGAAAGCUGAGUGGGGCUGGAUAAAACCGCACCUUGGUGCCACGGGUUCUCCGUGCUCGGGGAGAAGCAUACACACGCGCUUGCCUGGAGGAGCACGCGGCAGUGCUUCGCCACGCAAGGGCUCAAGAAGAUGUCACCAUUUGGUGUCUAUCAUGUAAAGUAAAGUAAGUUUUGCUCCAAAAACAUCGCAUGGUCUCCUUUGAGGCACCUAUACGUUUGGUGUCGGAUCUCAGCGGUGCUUACCGCUGGGAUACAUGCAUGUUUCUUGAAUUCAGGGUUUAUAUACAGGGUGGUGUGAUGCGCUUUCGCGCUGCUCGUAUACCUCAGAAUAAUGUCUCGCAUACUGAUGAAAGAAAUGAAUAAAUUUGCAAUGA